CACCAGGACUGCCUGCACCCGUACCCGGGCCCCGCACCCCACACUGCCCAGACCACACCCCGCACCUGCACCCAUACCCACACUGCCCAGACCACACCCCGCACCCCGCACCCCACACUGCCCAGACCACACCCCGCACCUGCACCCACACCCACACUGCCCAGACCACACCCUGUACCCCGCACCCCGCACCCCACACUGCCCAGACCACACCCCGCACCUGCACCCACACCCACACUGCCCAGACCACACCCCACCCUGCACCCCACACCACCCCGGUCAGCACCAGGACUGCCUGCACCCCACACCCGGGCCCCGCACCCCACACUGCCCAGACCACACCCCACCCUGCACCCCACACCACCCCGGUCAGCACCAGGACUGCCUGCACCCCGCACCCGGGCCCCGCACCCCACACUGCCCAGACCACACCCCACACCCAACACCCACACCCACACUGCCCAGACCACACCCCACCCCGCACCCACACCCACACUGCCCAGACCACACCCCGCACCCAACACCCACACCCACACUGCCCAGACCACACCCUGCACCCCGCACCCCACACUGCCCAGACUACACCCCACCCUGCACCCCACACCACCCCGGUCAGCACCAGGACUGCCUGCACCCACACCUGGGCCCCGCACCCCACACUGCCCAGACUACACCCCGCAUCCCACACCCCACACCCACACUGCCCAGACACACCCUGCACCCCACACCCCGCACGGCCCAGACCACACCCCGCACCCUGCACGGCCCAGACCACACGUCCUCCAGUGGCUGGGCCUGUCCUCCUCUGGCCGGGCCACCAGGGCAGCAGCACCAACGUGCCCCACAGACCCCGAGUGGACCUCACCCAGUGCAGGAGGAGGCCUGGGCGUGGGGUGCCCGCUGCUCCCUGGCUUUCCCCGGACAUGA